GUAGCAUUAUAUAACUCCCAAAAUUCCUCCACUUUAUUUUCAUCUGCAAAAAAAUCAAGCCUUGCGGUGAAGCUGCAUUUAUUAUUACAUGCUUUAAUUUCUUCACACACACAUAGCAUUUGUGUGUGUAAUUGGUUGGCAUAAGGAUGUGAAGAUGGUGAGUGGUGAGAAAAGUAUGAAUGCAGAGAAGUUUGAUUAGGCAUAUGCAAUUCUAAUUCAAGGAAUAGCAAUGGAUCAAAAAACUUGGCUGUGGAGGAGAAAGUCUUCAGAGAAGACCAUUCUUGCAAGUUCAGAUGAAGCACAAUCUGUUUCGAGUGACAAAGAAGUAGAUCUUCAGAAUUCAUUGAAAUUGUUGAAUGAGAAGUUGGACUCUGCUGCUGAGGAGUGUUCGGCCAAAGAUGAACUUGUGUUGAGCUUCAAAAGAGAGGCUGAACUUGCUGCAGCAGACAGGGAAAAGGCGGAGGAAGAGAUAGGCCGUCUGAAGCAAGAGCUCGGCGAGGCUCAGCAGCAGAGAUCAGCUGCGAACGAGAGACUAGGCGACUUGAACUCGACGUUGAAGAACUGCAUGGAGCAGCUGAAUCUUGCUCGGCAGGAUCAGGAGCAGAGAAUGCAUGAUGCUGUGAUGCAGACUUCUGAGGAGUUUGAGAAGUCGCACAAGAAGCUCGAGGAGAAACUGUCUGAGACGAGAAAGCGGCUGGCAAGCCUAACUUCGGAGAAUUCUUAUCUCAGCAGGGCUCUGAUUGUGAAAGAGAAAUUGGUUGAGGAUCUCAAUAGUGUCAAGAUUCAGACACAGGCUGAGUUGGAGGCUCUGAUGGCAAGAUUGGAUUCUGUCGAAAAGGAAAAUGCUUUUUUGAGGUACGAGUUCCGGAGCGUUGAGAAAGAGCUCGAGCUCAAGAACGAGGAGGUGGGGUAUAGCCGCCGUUCUGCUGAAGCUUCCCACAAGCAGCAUUUGGAGAAUGUCAAGAAAAUCAAGAAGUUGGAAAUGGAAUGCCAGAGAUUGCGUGGCUUGACACGUAAACGCCUCUCUAGUCCGCCUAUGUUGGCCCGGGAUAUCGAGGCUCAGGGAAGAAAUCAGAUGACUACACGGAGAAAGGCCACAUGUGGGGGUUCGCCUAUGCAAGACCGCGGUGAGGUAUACGGCCUUGACAACACGACCAAGCAGCUCGGGUUCUUGAUUGAUCAGGUGCAGGAUUUGCAGAAAGAGAACACAAUUUUCAAGGAGUUUUUGGCCAAGAAAGAUGAGGAAAUAUCACAGCUUAGAAAACUCAAGGACUCGGAGUCUCGUGAGAAGUCUGAACGUAAAUUGCUGACGAAUACUGCUGAACCGGAUGAGAUCAGUUCGAAGGCUCUUGCGUUAGUCGCUGAAUGUCAAAUGAUUGGAGCUUCGGAGAUGAGCCUAAUGGAUGAUUUUGUUGAGAUGGAGAAACUUGCUAUAGUUGCUGUCGAUGGGUCGUUUGAUGCUUCUGAUGUGGACUCGAACGCCCUUGCUCUGGUGGUGCGCGAUAACUAUAGUGAAACGGGACAAGAACUCAAGGCCAAAGACAAGAAACCUGAUGAUGAUUGGCUACAGAAUGUGACUAACAUGAUCCUGGAGCAGCACAAUGCUUCGAAAAGAAGCAUCGAUGAGCUCCUCGAAGACAUCAGGCUGUCCUCACACAGCAUCAGACAUCCCGAGGAAUCCCAGCCGCUUCCCAUCACCGGAUACAUUACAUGGAAAUCGCCUCCUUCGUCUCCAAGCCCAACAGCGUUGAUCCAAGAACCGUGCACUGAGUUAAUUCCGCCAGAGAUGAACAGAUCCAUCACCAAAUUGAUAGAGCUUGUUGGUAACAUGAAACCUUCACAAGUAGACGAUGACUAUGAAAUUCAUACUUCCCGAUGGAAAAGGAGUGAUCUAACCGCAGUCUUGCAAGAAUUCAUUGAUAGUAGCAAUAAGCUACUAAAUGGGAAGAUCAGUUUUGAGAAAUUCACUGUGGAUUUGGUUUACAUUCUUGAAUGGAUCAUUAACAGUUGUGUCUCAUUUCAAGACGAUCCCACCGUGACAGACGAAUUCAGGAAGCACCUCGGUGGAGAUGGGCCAGGAACGGCCUUGCAGCUCGAAUCCGUGCAGAAUCUCAUGCUUGAAAUGAAGAAAAUCCAUUCAGCAUGCAAAGUAGAGAUCAAAGGGUUGAAGAAUGAGCUGAGUCUCAUCAAAUCAUCGGUUGAUGUUAGUAGUCCGGUGCCAGGGAGGCAGGGCAACGACCAGUCACAACGAGGCAUUGCAAGCCUGCAGAAUGAGAUGGAGACACUGAAGGAAUCAAAGAGGGUGACCGAGGAUCAGCUAGAGAAUCUGAAGGUCGCGAAUGAAGAUCUCGAGACGCAGCUCACCUUUACCACAGCCAAGCUACACGAACUUCUCCAGAAGCUAACCUCUGUAGAAGUUGAGCUUGAUGAUAAAAGCCAUUGCUGUCAAGAACUAGAAGGAACCUGCCUCGAGCUUCAACUACAACUCGAAAGCAUUGCAAACAAUCCAUAUUCAGAGGAAGGAAGGCAGCUGCAAACUGGGAUGGAGAUUACUGCAGCAGCAUCUGCUAAGCUAGCAGAAUGUGAAGAAACCAUAGUGAAACUAGGGAAGCAGCUGAAGGCCUUAGACAUGAGCGACGGGACAAAGCAAAAGCUGAAGCAGCGGUCGUCUCUGCGCGAUCAGAUGAUGCGUGAGCACAACGGAGAGGCCAGCAACGAGGAGUCCCCCAAGACAAAACAGAUCAUAAGCACGACAGUGGAGAACGUGGUGUCUUCCUGCAACUACAACGCUAUCACUUUCCCAGACGGCCAAAUUGCAACACCAACAACUUAUCUUGGGAAUAAGAACGAAGGAAGAAAUGUGAAGUCCGGAGCUAUAGUCAUAGCCCCGAGCAAGAGGAGAGGAGGCGGAGGAAUCAGCUUUCUGAGGAAGCUUCUCGUUCGGAGGAAGAAAGGUAGCACUAAGAACACCUCCAUUUACUAUGGUAAAUAAACCAGAACGCAAUAUUUUCUCCAUAAUUCCGUACAUGUAAAAAAUGUAGAGUUUCUUCAAGAAUGCUAUAUAAAUUACUCUGAGUUUAUCAA